AUGCAGGAGGACCUGCCGCUGGUCUCCCGUCCCUUCGACCCCGUCGCAGAAAAGCUCGGCAUCACCACGGCGGAACUGUUUGCGCUGGCGGAGAAUUUCCAGGAGCGCCGCAUCAUGCGCCGCUAUAGCGCGGUGCUGCACCACCGCCGCUCCGGGUUCCGCUCCAACGCCAUGAUCGUCUGGAAGGUACCGCCGGAACGCUCCGAGGAAGUGGGCAGUAUCAUGGCCGGCCACAAGGCGGUCACCCAUUGCUACGAGAGGCCCACCUUCCCCGACUGGCCCUACACCCACUUCACCAUGGUGCAUGCCACCACGCCGGAGGGCUGCGAGCAGUACAGCCAGGAGAUCUCGGAGGCCACCGGCAUCACCGAGCGCCUCGCUCUCUACAGCUCACGAGAAUACAAGAAGACGAGGGUGCGCUAUUUCGUCCCCGACUACGACGAGUACUUGGCGUCCGAGUCACUCGUAGACCUCGAUUCCGUGGAAAUGGACGAGGAGGAAUUCGAGGAAAUGGCUCCCUUGGCCUCUUCCGAUGACUAG